UGCUCAUGCGCGGAACAAGUCAUACGCCAUCUUGGAUUUGAAUGUCGGAGAGUAUCUAACUGAGGGGAAGAUAUUGAAAACAAACACUUUUGUGAAACUUCUGUUUCGAUUUUACUAUUUGCGGUCCAUGCGGACCUUUAUUUUCGACUCUCCUAGCAUUUGAUCAAAAUGAGUAGUUAUCAGAUGAAUGCAGGCAGUGGACCCACUCGGGCAAUGGGUCCAGCUGGUGAGCCUAGUUACAUGGAUUUAAGCAGCAUGCCCAUGGACAACAAACAACAGCAAACCAUGAUGUGGCAGCAAAGUCAGUACAUGAGUGACUCUGGUAUCCAUUCUGGUCAAACCACACAGGCUCCAUCUAUCAGCAGUAAAAGUCAUGGAGAAGAAGUUGAUGAUGGGGACAUGGAUCCAUCCAAGAUGAUGUUUGACUGGGGAUUAGGUGGAGACACUUAUAACCAAGAACAAGUAGAUGACAUAAACCAGCAGUUGAACCAGACACGCUCCCAGCGGGUGCGAGCUGCUAUGUUUCCUGAAACAAUGCCAGAAGGUGUCCAGAUCCCAUCUACCCAGAUCCAGCCAGACCAACCUACAGCUGUUCAAAGAUUGAGUGAGCCAUCACAGAUGUUGAAGCAUGCUGUUGUAAACCUCAUCAACUACCAGGAUGAUGCAGAUCUGGCCACUCGUGCCAUUCCAGAAUUGAUUAAGUUGCUUAAUGAUGAGGAUCAAGUUGUUGUGUACCAAGCUGCUAUGAUGGUCCACCAGCUGUCUAAAAAGGAAGCAAGCCGACAUGCCAUCAUGAACUCCCCCCAAAUGAUCACAGCCUUGAUCCGUGCUAUGGCCAACACUGAAGACAUUGAAACAACACGCUGUGCUGCUGGAACCCUCCACAACCUCUCCCAUCACAGACAGGGCUUGCUGGCCAUUUUUAAGUCUGGAGGUAUUCCAGCACUGGUCAAACUACUUAGCUCCCCUCUAGAGUCAGUUCUUUUCUACGCCAUAACAACCCUGCACAACUUACUGCUUCACCAAGAGGGCUCUAAGAUGGCUGUGCGAGUUGCUGGCGGUCUACAGAAAAUGGUGGCACUGCUGCAGAGAAACAAUAAUGUUAAAUUCUUAGCAAUAACCACAGAUUGUCUGCAGAUUUUAGCUUAUGGAAACCAAGAGAGCAAACUCAUCAUCCUUGCUAGUGGUGGACCUGGAGAACUUGUGCGAAUCAUGAAGUCUUACACAUAUGAAAAGUUGUUGUGGACAACUUCUCGUGUUCUCAAAGUUUUGUCUGUGUGCUCUAGCAAUAAACCUGCAAUAGUCGAGGCUGGGGGAAUGCAAGCUCUUGCCAUGCAUUUAGGACAUCAAAGCCAACGUUUGGUCCAAAACUGUCUGUGGUCACUCAGAAAUUUGUCAGAUGCUGCCACUAAAAUGGAACAAAUGGACAACCUUCUUAUCAUGCUUGUCCAACUUCUGUCAAGCAAUGACAUCAAUGUAGUCACCUGUGCUGCUGGUAUCCUGUCCAAUUUGACCUGCAAUAACCAAAGAAACAAGGUUAUGGUUUGCCAGGUUGGAGGCAUUGAAGCUCUUGUUCGCACAAUCAUGCAAGCAGGGGACAGAGAAGAUAUUACCGAACCAGCCGUAUGUGCCUUGCGUCAUUUGACAUCUCGCCACCCAGAAGCUGAAAUGGCCCAGAAUGCAGUUCGUCUGCAUUAUGGUCUGCCAGUUCUUGUGAAACUCCUCCAUCCACCCAGCCGCUGGCCACUUAUUAAGGCAGUUGUUGGUCUUAUCAGAAACUUGGCACUGUGCCCAGCUAACCAUGCACCUCUUCGGGAGCAUGGAGCUUUGCCCAGAAUUGUGCAACUUUUGAUUCGGGCACACCAAGACACACAAAGGCGAGCAUCAAUCAGUUCAAACGGUCCACCACUGACUGGUUACGUUGAUGGUGUUCGUAUGGAAGAAAUAGUUGAAGGAACAGUUGGAGCCCUCCACAUUCUGGCCCGUGAGGCACACAACAGAGCAGUCAUUAGAGGACUCACUUGCAUACCACUUUUUGUCCAGCUCCUCUACUCGGCCAUUGAAAACAUCCAGCGUGUUGCUGCUGGUGUGUUGUGUGAACUUGCAGCUGACAAGGAAGGGGCUGAAAUGAUUGAGCAGGAAGGUGCCACUGCACCUCUCACUGAACUUUUGCACUCAAGAAAUGAAGGCGUUGCCACCUACGCAGCAGCAGUGCUAUUUCGUAUGUCUGAAGAUAAGCCACAAGAUUACAAAAAGCGUCUAUCCAUGGAAUUGACCAGUUCACUCUACCGCGGUGACCAGAACUGGACAGAUCCUCCUGGAUUUGAAGACAUGACCAUGCCUCUGGAAGAUUCAAGAGAUCACAUGUACAACCCUCACGGCUCUCAUGGAAACAUGUAUGGUGGAGCACACCCUGACAUGGGGCGUGGACACACAGGUUAUGAACAGGUACCUAUUGACUCCAUGCAAGGACUGGACAUUGGUAGCCAACAUGGCAGCAACUAUGGACAGAUGGACAACCUACCAGAUCUAGCAAACCCAGGAGACAUCAACUUUGACAACUUGGAUCCAGCACUUGGCCCACCAUCAGGGGACAACUCCAACCAUUGGUAUGACACUGAUGUUUAGACCACUGGAGGGGAAGCCACUCUGACAUUCAUAUCCUAAUCAACUUGCCAGAUGGUGCAGAAUUAUUUAUUUUGGACUUUUUUUUUUUGACAUGAUUCAUUGAUCACUUAAAAUUGUAUGUUUGAUGCAGCUACAAAAUCUUAGAGGCUUGACUAAAGGUCAGAUGAUUUUAUAAGUUCAUUUUUUAAUUUACCUGUAGUUUUUAUAUAGCUUAAAAAUAAAGAACUUGAGCAUUUUUUAUUUACAAUAAUUGUAUCCCAGGACAGGAUAUUUUAAAUAGCAUGAGUAUGUAAAUAUUUCUUAUAAUACUGCAAAGUGGUUUUAAACAGUGGAAGAUGUUAGAUCUCUAUGUGAACAAUAGUUCCAAGACGAAUUUUUUUAUUUCUUGUGCAUUUACAAUUUUGUUUUUUUAAAACAUUUUUUAUGUACCAUAUUUUUUAACCAUUUCUUUAGAACUUUUACAAACUUUACCAUUUCUGAUAGUGUGAAUAAAAUGUAUGUGAAAACAUUUCUGCAUUAUCUCCAAUAAAAUCAAACUUCAUUAUCUGAUCAUCAUGACUAUUCUACCUAUAUUUAUUUGAUGCUAUCACUGAACAAAUAUACUUGUGUAUGUUGGAACAACUGCAGAUAAGGACCAGAUCAAACUUGUUUCAUUCAUUCUCUCAUGUUAAGACAUGUCAUGAACUCACUUCAAACAUUUCUGCAGUGACUGUUCUGUGUUCUUAUACUUUAUCUACACUAAGAAUGCAGGGAUAGAUAGCAUUGCCUCCUCAUUUUUUGCUAUUUUUUUCAAACACCAUUAAAUGUAUAAAGUUUGAGUAUAGGGAAUGUGUUAGAUCUUAAUGUCAUUAAUUCUAUAAACCAUUAUACAUUAUGUUUGUAUUGUCCCAUGUACUGCAUACAUUUGUGUCUGUACUUUACCAUAAGCUAAUACAUCCAAGACUGAUGCUGGAUUACAAACUUUGAUGGGAGCACACGUUGCUAGGGGGAGAUUCUUUUUGUGUACUUUGUCUGGUAAAUCUGUCGGUUUUUUUUUUAGUUCUACACUUUAUGCAUUUCUUGAGUCAUUAGGACAUCAUAAUGUUUCUGCAUGGAUGGUCAAUAAAUAUCAUUUUCAUUACA